AUGGUUCCGUCUGGAUUGCUGGAGGACUUGCCUUUACAGAGCUUCCAUAGCUCCUGCCAUACCUCUCCACCGACUCCCAACGCCGGGCCCACUCCGAGAGCAUCCUCUGCUCCCUCUACAAUCGCAGCUCGUGUGCCCGGCUCCUACAGCAUAUUGCAGUACUCCUGUCCCCUAAGUGCACUUGCACAAAAGUGCUUACUUCACCAAAAAUAUCACUUUGUCCGAACGCUGGGACACGGGAUCAGCAGUGAAGUGAAACUUGCACACAAUAUUCACACUAGACAGGAGGUGGCUAUCAAAAUUUGUAAUACCUCUGAGAUAUUCCCUUCUAGUCUAGAGCAGAUACACAAUGAAGUGGAGAUCCUAAAGCGGAUCAACCACCCGAACAUUGUGACUUUCUAUGACGCCUUUCAUGAGGCCGACAAAUAUUAUAUUGUAAUGGACUACGUAAAUGGAGGCGACCUCUUUGAUCAUUUGAAUGACCUGAAUGGUCCAAUGACAGAGGAUGUGGCGCGCCCCAUAUUCCAUCAGGUGGCAACUGCCCUGUUAUACCUCCAUCAGAAUGGCAUUGUUCACCGGGAUGUUAAACCCAAAAACAUCCUGCUUGAUUCAAGCAAAAAAAACAUCAAACUGACCGACUUUGGUCUCAGCACCUUCCACAACAACGAGAAUAUCAGCACCUAUUGCGGAACACCAUACUAUGUGGCUCCUGAGCUGUACAGACAGCGCCCAUAUGACGGACUAAAAUCAGACGUCUGGUCUGCAGGAGCAACACUGCAUAUGAUGCUCACCAACUCAUUUGCCAUUUCUGAGUUUGACCUAAAAGCAAUUGCAGCCAAGAAGCCGGAUGUAAAGUACCAGGCACCGCAGACCUUAACAUCUGACUGCAGGCGGCUUCUUAAAAAAAUGCUUCACUUCAACCCCUCAAAAAGGUGGUCAUUAGAGCAAAUCCUUAAGUCACCGUGGGCUGCAAAAGCUGAAGAAGAUCAGACUCAGAAACCAGAUACCCCAGCCAUAGACAGCGCCUUACCAUCAGGCUGCACUAUUGAGGACAUACACACUAGCCCAUCUCUGAACGGGGAACUUCCAAAACCCACCGAUGGGAGCUCUGACAUCGAUAGAUUCACUAAUAUUGAAAAGGCCUCUCCUAUCUCAGUAAUUCCUGUGCUAUACGAUGGAGACCAUUCAAUACGGAAAGAAAAGAUGUGUGAGAUUAGGGAAAUGUCACAAAUAUUAACGUGA